AGGGUGGGAAAAGCACGUCUCUUUACUAGUGGACCAACCAGGAGGGGUCUGGAGCCUGGACACAUGAAUUACAAAAAUAAAAAACGAUAGAAUUAUCCUCUCCUUUACCAACGUCGCCAUGGCAGCAGAGCUCUCCGACUUGCCUUACUACCUCGCCGGCGUCCUCCUCUUCGCCCUCUUCGUUCGCCUCCUCUCCCUCGUCAGGAACAAGAAGCUUCUUCUUCCCCCGACUCUGCCUGGCGGUCUCCCUUUCCUUGGCCACCUCCACCUCUGCAAGAAGCCGAUGCACCUCUCCCUCGCCAACCUCGCCGCCCUCCACGGCCCAGUCCUCUUCCUCCGCUUUGGCUCUCGCCCUGUCCUCCUCGUCUCAUCCUCUAUCGCUGCUGACGAGUGCUUUACCACCAACGACCUCAUCUUCGCCAACCGCCCCAAACUCCCCUCAGGCAAGUAUCUCAACUACAACAACACCACCCUCGGAUCCGCCAGCUACGGACCCCACUGGCGCAACCUCCGCCGCCUCGCCACCCUCGAGCUCCUCUCCCCCCACCGUCUCCGCUCCUCCUCGGCCGCUCGCGCUGACGAGGCUCGUGCCAUGGCUCGGCACCUCUUCCGGACCUGCGCCGAAGUCGACAAGGCUUCCAUGGUGGAGCUCCGGCCUAUUCUGUUCCAGUUCUCGAUCAACCAUCUGAUGAGGCAGAUAGCGGGGAAGAGAUACUACGGCGAGGACAAAGCCGGCACUCUGUCUGCGGAGGCGAUGAGGUUCAAGGCUAUGGUGGAGGAGAGGUUUGCUAUUGGCGGCGUUGCCAACGUCAGCGACUUCGUGCCUCUGCUCCGAUGGUUGGAUUACAAAGGAAUGAAGAGAAGAAUGGUGAGAUUGCACAAAAAUCGAGAUGAAUUGUUGCAGAAACUCGUUGAUGAGGUCAGGAAUAAUAAGAAUCACAACGAAAACCCCGAAGAGAAGAACAGCACCAUGAUCGGUUAUCUCCUCUCCUUGCAGAAAACAGAUCCCGAAAACUAUUCCGAUCUAAUCAUCAAAGCACUUAUUAUCACUUUGCUCUCAGCUGGAACGGACUCCACUUCUGCCACGAUCGAAUGGGCGAUGUCCCUCCUCCUCAAUCAUCCCAACGCGAUGAAGAAAGCGAGAGACGAGAUCGAUGCGUACCUGGAAAGGACCGAGAAGGGGAAGAAGAAGCGGUUGCUGCAAGAAUCAGAUCUGCGGAACCUGCCCUACCUCAACUGCGUCGUCUCCGAAACGCUGCGGAUGUACCCUGCGGCGCCUCUGCUGCUGCCGCACGAGUCCUCGGGCGAGUGCUUCGUGGCCGGCUUCCGCGUGCCUCCGGGGACCAUUCUGCUGGUGAAUGCGUACUCGAUCCAGAGAGAUCCGAGGAUCUGGAAGGCGCCGGAAGUGUUCGCGCCGGAGAGAUUCGAGGAGGGGAAGGCGGAGGGGAAGUGGAUGAUUCCGUUUGGGAUGGGGAGGAGGAAGUGCCCCGGUGAAGGGCUGGGGUUGAAGGCGCUGGGGCUGGCGCUGGGGACCCUAAUCCAGUGCUUCGAGUGGGAGAGAGUGGGCGGCGAGGAGGUGGACAUGAGGCAAGGCUCCGGCCUGACGCUGACCAAAGCCAUUCCACUUUUGGCAAUGCAUCGCCCGCGCCCGUCCAUGGCCCCCCUUCUCUCCCAGCUUUAAUUUUUUUUUCUUUUUUUUUUAACAUAUGUUUAUCACGAUUUUCCUUCCUCAAUCCGUGGACCGAUAGUAUAGAGGCCGUUAUACACUUACAUGGUUUGAAUAAAUUUGAGAAAAUUAUAUUUUCAAUUUUGUAACUUAUAUU